GCUUUAGACGCCUGUUAUCUGGUUUCUUUCAGUGUGAGUGUGUAGGCAGGUGCAACGUCAUGGGAUAGCGGAAUUUUGUGUGUGACAUUCUCCAGGUAAAUUUUAAGCGUUUAUAAACUAUAAACAAGAGUAAGUGAAGAAAACUGUUUCGUAGAGAUUCCAAAAUGAUGAUGCUUACUAUAAACUGAAUACACAUCCGUGAAUGAAUACAGAUGAAGGAAGUUUCAAGACUGUAGAACUAAAGCAAUGGACCAGGAGCCAGCUAUGUGGAUAAAAAAAGAGGGAACGGCUGAAGUAAAAACAGAGUUAUACUUCAUGGCCCAAGUUUACCCAUUCAACAUGAAUAUAAAAGAAGAGUUGGAGGAGGGUGUGAAUAAAGAGUUUCUUGAAGACCCAUUGAAGGCUGACGGGCUUAGUGUUUGGGUAAAGCAAGACCCCGAACUGAAAAAGCAUGCUGAUGGAUCUGAGCAUAAUUCCAUUGAAGAUCCAUUGGGAAUAUUGUGGUCCACUGAUUUUAUCAAGGAGGAUCCUGAAUUAAAUUUGGAAAUGAGUGUAACUGAGAAUAUUGUGGAAACCUCAACAGGAUAUGCAUCUGAUAGUACAAGAUUGACUCAGUGUACUAGUGGGAGCUGUGGCAUACCAUGUGAAGAAAUUUGUCAGCAUAGAGUGGUCCAGGAUGAGUUGGUGAUAGACAUGAAGUCAACACAUGAGUUUGGUACCAAUACAGAAGAUAUGACUGUUGAUAAGAACUGCUCAGUUGCCACGCGAUAUAACUGUAGUACGAGGGAAAAGGAAUUACAUGUAUAUAGCUGUAAUUUCUGCCAACAGAGCUUUCCUUCAAAAUACAGAUUCAUAAAGCAUGUGUUUAUGCACAUUGAUGGCAUGCAACCACCUUCGUAUGUUUGUAAGUGGUGUGGUGAAGUAUUUCACGGUAAUGUUAGUUUGAAAAAACAUUUGAGAAUGAGUGAGAAUUAUGUCUUAACUGCUGGAAACCAUGAAAAAUAUGGCUAUAGUGGAGAGCAUCAAAGCAGUAUCUUUUCAGAUAGUGAGCCGGAAGUUUCUAUCGCAGAAUACGAGCUGAAUUCAUACAAGGAAACAUGGAAAGCUGCUAGUGACAUAGGUAACACACACAUGACAAAUGAUACAGGGGAAACAAAUCAUUAUGGAUCUUUAUCUACACCUGUUAAUGUCAGAUCCCAGGGUGAUGUACUUACUACAAACAGAAUCCACAAAUGUGAUAUUUGUGGCAAAUCUUUUGCUGUUGCAGGCAAUCUCAAGAAACAUGGAUUAAUUCACACUCGAAAAAAACCUCACAAAUGUAAGAUUUGUGGCAAAUCUUUUGCUUUCCCAAGCCAUCUCAAGCAACAUGUGUUUCUUCACACUGGAAAGAAACCUCAUAAAUGUGAGCUUUGUGGACAAUCUUUUGCCAGCAGAAGCAAUCUCAAUACACACACAUUAAUUCACACUGGAAGAAAAUCCCACAAAUGCGAGAUUUGUGGGAAAUCUUUAGCCAGCAGAAGAACUCUCAAUAGACACACUUUAAUUCACACUGGAAAUAAAUCCCACAAAUGCGAGAUUUGUGCGAAAUCUUUUGCCAGGAGAAGCACUCUCAAUAGACAUACAUUAAUUCACACUGGAAAAAAAUCCCACAAAUGCAAGAUUUGUGGGAAAUCUUUUGCUUUCCCAAGCCAUCUCAAGGAACAUGUGUUUCUUCACACUGGAAAGAAACCUCAUAAAUGUGAGCUUUGUGGACAAUCUUUUGCCAUCAGAAGCACUCUCAAUACACACACAUUAAUUCACACUGGAAGAAAAUCCCACAAAUGCGAGAUUUGUGGGAAAUCUUUUACCACGACAAGCAAUCUCAAGGCACAUAAAUUAAUUCACACUGGAAAGAAACGUCAGAAAUGUGAGAUUUGUGGGAAAUCUUUUGCCAGCAGAAGCACUCUCAAUAGACAUACAUUAAUUCACACUGGAAAAAAAUCCUACAAAUGCGAGAUUUGUGGGAAAUCUUUUGCUUUCCCAAGCCAUCUCAAGGAACAUGUGUUUCUUCACAAUGGAAAGAAACCUCAUAAAUGUGAGAUUUGUGGGAAAUCUUUUGCUUUCUCAUAUGAUCUCAAGAGACAAGUGUUUCUACACACUGGAAAGAAACCUCAUAAAUGUGAGAUUUGUGGGAAAUCUUUUGCUUUCUCAAACGGUCUCAAGAAACAUGUAUUACUUCACACUGGAAAGAAACCUCAUAAAUGUGAGAUUUGUGACAAAUCGUUUGCCCUCUCACGUUAUCUCAAGAAACAUGUAUUCGGUCACACUGAAAAGAAACCACACAAAUGUGAGAUUCGUGGGAAAUCUUUUGCUAGGGCAGGCAAUCUCAAGACACACGUUCAUUCACACCAGGAAGAGACCUCACAAAAGUGAUGUGUGUGGCAAAUCAUUCUUAGAUCAGCUGAUCUCAAGAUACACACAUUAGGACACAUUGGAAGGGGACCUCACAAAUGUGAUACCUGUGACAAAAGUUUCACUCAGUUGGGCACUCUCAAGAUGCAUCAGAAAGAAACUACUAGUAAGUGUUAGUUUUUUGUAGAUAGGUUUUCCUGGUUGAUGCCCUCAAGACAUGUAAAAUAGUGGAUGAAGCAAGGGGAGAAUAAAUUGUAAUGCCCAUGAAAUAACAUACAAAGGUGGUAUAAUUGUGAAACGAUGUGUACUAUAGAGUGGUAACAGAUAAUGUGACAAUAUAAAAAUCCAUAUCUGCUGCUUGAGAUGUCAAGAAAUUGUAUUACUAAAUACUCGAGAAACAUGACUCAAAUGUGUUUUUGUCAAUAACACUGCUGUUUUUUUUUCCUAUAGCUCUUGAGACAAGAAAAUUGUGUAUUGUGAUGAAUCCCUAUGUUUGUCAGUAAUCAUAAGUACCAUGCAAUAUUCAGUAUAAGGCCAAGGAUAUGUGAUGACUUGCUGCUAAUUAUUCCAAACAUAGGCAUCAUGUAGUACUUGUAACUGUGAAUUUUACAAACAAUGACAUCAAAAAUAUAUUCAUGGCACUUCCUUCACAAAGGAUAGUAAACUCAACACUGGAGAAACAUGGGUAUGGGAAUGAUUUUAGUCAGGUAUGUUUUCUCAAGAGAUCUGCUGUAUGUGAAAUGAAUAGUGUACAUUUAUGUUCUGUUAGUACUAAUCCUGUAUUAGUAAGAGUAACAACAAAUAUAGCAGCCUGCUUAAUAGCCUGUUUGUUCACCUUUGGAACACAAUACUUUGACAGUUCUACACAGUAUGGACUUGGCAUGUCAUUUAUGUGUUUCUGCAUGUAUGUUGCUCCAGUUGCAUUCCACACGUUCAGAUCAGCUACAUGGUGUAGUCAAGAUGUUAGGUACCAUACUACUAAGGCAACUGUAGAGUCGUUCUGCAUAUGUGACAUGGGCAGUUAUACUGCUGGAAGAUGCCUUCACCAUGGGAGAGCAUAUCAGGCAUGAAGGAAUCUAUGCAGUAGCAAUAACUCACAUAGUCGGCAACGGUCAUGAUGCCUUCAAUUACUACCAGAUGUCCCAAAGGAGCCCGAGUGACUGUCCACAUAGCAUAAUGGGCCCUCCACCUGGUGCCAUUUGCCUAGAUGAUAGCAUAUCUGGAUGUGGCAACUUACCUGGUGUAACAGGAAAUGUCACACGUCCUGACAGUUGGCAGUUGACAUUAGCAUUGACCUUCAUUCCAGCAUCAACGAUCCCUUGCCCACUGCAGUUGCAAUUGAACAUUUUUGUGGAGCCCCAUGUUCAACAAUAUACAUUGAUUUGUGGGUUCAAAAACGUCUAUGGCUGCUCAAGCAUUGUUUUCCGUAAUUAGAUAUGACACAUAUUGCCAAAUGUCAAGCUUCACAGAGCAGGCAAGCCUCUGACCUGCAUGAUUUGUAAUGCAUAGGUGUAUUACAUGUUUUCAUAAGGUUAUCGAUUUAUCACCUAUUAGUCACUUUCCACAGAUGUUCACAAAAGUAGCAUAGAUUCAGCCUACCAGCUUCAUCACUUUUGAGAUGCUUGUUCCCAACUACAAUGCCACUGUAACCUUCCCUUUGCUAAAGUCACUUAUGUCAUUGGAUUUACAUGUCUUUGACCCAUCUAAUUGGUAGAACAAUUCCUUGUUAAUUUCUGGUCUGCUUAUAUAAUUGUAAUCUGCUUAUUGUAUCAUGUACGUACAACAUGUGGCAUUCAUACUCCUUGCAGGCAGUAUUCAUCACAUUUUUGCUCACCAGUGCAUCUCUACAUAAAUGGGUCAGAUGCUAAAAUGUGUAAUCUAAUAAAUUCAUUGUUCUUGGUUGCCAUUUACACCAGUGCACAAUAGCUAUAUUUUCUUGCGAUUUUUUUGUUUUACAAAGCUCUGUAUGUGAUUGAGAGAUAACGUAGAUAGGUGUUAUGCACCAAAGCUCUUAAUUAUUUUUUCAGCGUUCAAUACCAUGUAAGUUACACACAAAAUGAAAUAGGUAAACAAACAUUAGAGCUUACAAUUUGAUUCCAGUUAUUCAUAUACACAAGAACAACAUUCGGGAGAGCUCAGAACAUGAGUACUAAAUAUUUCUUGCGUUUUAUUCGAAGAUGUUUCCAAUGUGGAUAGUUUCCUUAAUUUGUGUAAAUAAACAUGACGUUUUUGGAAGUCUGUAUUCAUGCUUUAAUUUCAGAACGAUUGUUUUUAUUUUUGAUUUCCGACCUGUUUGUUAUUGGUGAAAGUCGUUUAGUAUGUCAACCACACGUGUAACAACUGGAGACAGUUAUAAUUAAGUGAUUGGCACUGUUCUGUUUUGCUACACUUCAGCUGUGACAAUUUGUAGUGAUGUGAUUACAUUUUAUUCCAUCUUUCUCAUGAUAACACAUCCACAACUGCUGUAUGGAUUAUUCAUAAUAGGCAACAUCCACAUACCAUUGUAUUAAAUAUUAUUUUCCAAUGAAAGGAAGGAAAAGCCAUGUUUCUGGACAAUAGGCUUAUAUUCUGAUGAAUCUGAAAAUACACUACUAAGUGUGGUGAGUAUACAUAUUAUGAAUGUCUAAGAAAAACAGUAAAAUUUGUACUAAGAAAAACAGUAAAAUUUGUAGUAACAUGUUUAAAAAGGUACACAAUAUGGACUGAAUAUCUAUUUGUAUGAGCUAAAGAUGGUUCAUGUAGCAUUUGUCUGGUACACGAGACGUAAGCAGAAAAUGAACAUAUUCAGUGGUUGUGUGGAAAACUAGGCUAAGAACUGAGUCUACGUAAACACAAUAGAUACCCAUAAAUUAAAAGAGUGUAAUAGCACCUAAUAAAAUCAUAAGCUAAGCUUAUAACAACAGAAUAAACUAUUGUACAAGAAUGGUCAAGGAUAAGUCAAUUUUAGGAUGUGGAUUCAAUACAAAAGGAGGUUUAGCUCAAUAAUGUUUAUAAGAUUCAUUAUUUUUCCUAUAAUCUCUGCAGUUUGUACUACAAAAGUUAAAAUUGCAAAUUUAUUGAAGGAUACAUUAAAACUGAUAAUAUACCCAUAAUAA